CAGCUCUCGUGCACUCGCGGAAGGCAGUACACACACACACGAGAGAGAGAGAGGCCCAACACACAGCACGCCACACACACAGAGACACUUUGACGUGCUUUGCCCCGGCAGGGCUACGCUGCUGCUGCUACUGCCGCUGCUGCAACUUGCAAGCGGCCAGCGCUCGCAGAUGCAGCAGGCACGGCGAUGACGUGGACUCUCUGGGGGGAUGCAGGAGCUCCAUUGCCGGCGCGCGGAAAGCUGCCGCUUCCGUAGUGCCUCGCGCCAAGCUCCACGCGUCCACCUCCAUCCGCACGAAGGGCGCGCCACGCAAGCCGUAGCCAGGCAUGGACGUGGAGGGCGACGCGGAGAGGACGGGACGUCGCGGCGUUCAGAGAGCAGCUCGGCAGCCGAGGAGGAGCCCAACAACGGAUGAACGAACGUCUCGACAGCGAUCGCGGAGUCCCAGCAGAUGUCGGCCAAAGAGCGGGAAGACCGAGGCUGUCGGGGCUGGAAGUAGCAAAGGUGGCGGCGAGCGGGAGGCGUCGUCCCCCGCCGUUGCCACGUGCACCCCGCCGCGGAGUGGCAGGGGGACUCGUGGUGGAGAGACGCGUCCCAGGCGGCGGUUGCGGGGUGCCCUGGCGCGGGCGGCCACCAGUGAGCUCCGAGACGCCGCCUCGGAGCCCACGGUGGCCGAAGAACGGAGAGGGCGCGCGUGCCUCGGCAUCGAGAGCUCUCGCCGAUCGCCCCCGAGGGCCGCUCCCGCGGCUGCGGGGAAUGCCGUGCCCAGCGCGCCCUUGGAAGUGUCGGCGGCGCUUCAAGAGGAGGGUUGGGACGCGCUUGGUGGCACGGUUGGGGCAGGGUCGUGCACGCUGCCUCCCAGCCCUGCACUGGGAGAGCCGAGGAAAGAGGAGGACCGUAGUAGCAGCAGCAGCAGCAGCGAGGAGGAGCCUCUGCCCAGUCUCUACGCCAGCCCAGGUUUUUUCCAGCCGAAGAAGGAUGACUUAGUGUGGUGCAAGUAUCAGCGAUGGCCCUACUUCCCUGCCGUGGUAAAACGGGUAUCCAAGGAGAAGGGCCGCCGGAGGUGCGUGGUGCUGUUCUUCAGCUUGAAGAUGCAGUCGAGCGCGGAAAAGCUGAAUGCAAUCGGGGUCACGGUGAAACACAUCAAGCCCUUCAACUGCCGAGAAAAAUAUGAACUGAUUGCAGAGGCAAAAAAGUCCUGCCCGAGGGAGAUGGAUCUCUACCUGGAGCUGAUAACGGACUACUGGAGCAAGACCGUUUCAGGCUCUGGCAUGGGGAAAACCUUCAUUGAAUACUGCAAGUCUGAGCAGAGUGCCCCGGUUUGGCACGGGAUCUCCUCCUCGCCGGCGGAACCCUUCCGCGACGUCCCGGAGGCCGAGACGGCGGCGGAAGACGACGAACGGCGCCCGGACGGCGACGGACGUCGCGAGGCCGAAAGCCCGAGCGUGGCGAGCGUCGAAAAGCGCCUCCUCCCGGACCGCCAGAAGAUCCUGCGUCGGCGCUGCAACGAGCGCCUCCUGCACGCGAUCGUGCGGAGGGGCGUGGCGGAGCGCCACCUGCGCCGGCUCCUCCGCGGCGCCGUCCCCUCGCCGUGGCUUCUCGAGUUCCAGCAGCGGCGGCGGCGGCGGCCGAGCGAGCUGCACGCGGCGCUGUACCUGGAGGACGACGCGCACGUCGAGCGGCUGACGCUUUACCUGCUCGAGCUGUACGAGCGCGUGCGAGCGGAGUGCGCCGCUGAGGGUCGCGCCGCCGAGGGUCGCGCCGCCGCCUUCUACGAGGUGGACGCCUUCGACCUCUCGCAGUUCAUCCUCGACGUCCUCCUGCCCGAGGCGAUCACGUACGCAUUGAUGGCGACGGAGGAAAUCACUUGGGAACAAGCUCGGAUCAAGUUUCUGAACGGGCCGAAGUGCAGUCGAAGGGAGAUUGAGCUGUUCAACAAGGAGUUUAUGAAAGGAAAAGGCAACGGAUCCUGAAGAUGUACGCUGGGUGAAAUGAACCUGGCACAAGACUAUCCUUUUUAAAAAAUCCUUUAUAUUAAGUUCGCUUGCGUGCUUAGGACCGUGCAAAUCUUUCGGUCGUUUUUUAACCCACUUCCCGUGAUCCAAUCAAGCUGACAUUUUGCACACAGACUCGUUGUGCAUGACAAUUAAUGUUCGUGCACUUUUUAGGACAAAAAUAUUAUAUUUAAUUACCAAUUGCUUAAUGGUGCAAUGCAAUCAUCUGACCCAUAGGUGGCAACCAUCUCAAGCCAGAGGACGAGAGGACUCUAGCCGCCACGCAUAUAAAGGAUUUAUAGUGAAAAACUUUGUUUUUACGGGUUAUACUUAUUUAUCAAAUGUAUAUCCAAGUGCCUGCUGUAUCCUGUGACAGCCACACUUUUACGUUGUGUGUACUCGGGAUGAGCUUUCGAUUCGAACGUCAUUUUAGGAUUUUACAAGGAUAAUUUUAGUUUUGCUUUUAAGGUUAUGAAUUUUAUUCUGUUACAUACUAAUGUAAAAUGUCUCCACGGUAACAAUGACGAUGUCACCCUCCCGUCUCGUGGCAACACUUUAUGUCGUGAAAAGCGCGUUUGGGUGUUGGCACGAUUUUGGAUUAAGCCGUUGGCAUUGUCGCACUGGACCAGCACGGACCUCCCCAAGGGGAUACUGAAAGUGCGGAAGGGCCCAGGUGGACUGAAAGUGCGGAAGGGCCCAGGUGGACUGCAGCCCUGAGCCAGCCCCUUCCAGUUGAUGCCGGAGCGGUUCCAAGGGGGCCCCCCAGCCCCAGGUUGCUCGCAUCGAUCACUAGGAUCGCCCCUGGAGGAGGGCGGGGGGGAAAUCCCCCCUGAGGUGGGACUGCACCAUCCGCCAACCCCCGAAGCGGUGAUUUGGAGCGGAGGAGCACUUCGAAUGGCUCGCACCUUCAGCAGCCGUGGAAAUCUUCCCCCUGGGGAGCCGCCGCUGCAAAGUUUCGAUCCUCCAGAACAACGGGGAUGGGUGUGGGGGAAGCGUAGAGAAGUGACGACAAGUCGGGCUAUCUGGUCCAGGAUGGUGACCUUAAAGCAGAGGUCGCAACCGGGUACCCGAUACCCGUACCCUACCCGAUACCCGGCUACCCGUACCCAGCCGGGUACGGGUACCCGUUUGCGACCCUGGUGCGGCCGGGUACGGGUAAACCGUGAGUGAGUAACUGUUUGUCACUCAUUUCCCAACGUCUUGUCUCUUCUCACAAUUCAAGUUCCUAGAAUCAACCCACCCGCGCCUGCAACAUGGCUUCAUCCCAGAGGUCGCAAUCAGGUACCCGAUACCCGUACCCUACCCGGCCGGGCACGGGUAGGGUACGGGUACGGCCGGGUACGGGUACGGGUACCCGUUGCGACCCUGGUGCGGCCGGGUACGGGUAGGCCGUGAGUCACUGGUGAGUAACCAUUUGUCACUCAUUUCGGGUAGGGUACGGGUAGGGAACGGGUACCCAUUUGCGACCCUGGUGCGGCCAGGUACGGGUAAGGAAUCAAAACCCGUUUGCGACCUCUGCCUUAAAGGGCCACACGGACCCUUCCUCGCAGACUUCCGUGGAAGGAAUGGGCCCCGAGUGCUUGCUAUUCGGUGAUACCGCUUUGCCAGUGGUGCACAAAUAAAAACAAAUACCUAAACUUCACUUUACCUACUACAAUCACUCAGAAAUGUCUGUCCGUCCCACGUGUGACGUCACUCCACGUGAGGCCCAACCCCCCUCAUUAAUAUUCAUGAGUGGGUGACAUCACUCCACAUGCUGCACCCCUCCACAAUAAUCAUGAGCAGGUGACGUCACUCCACAUGGGGUAACCCCCCCCCCCCCUUAUUAAUCAAGAGCUGAACAUUUACUGCAAUAUACACGAAAUGUAUAGAGUGAUUAUAUGCAAUAAUUAUGAGGUGUGUAUGUACUAAAGGGGUAUACGGCUUUGUAUAUGUUUUUAUACAAGCAUUAUUAACAUUGCAUAGUUUUUAUAACUUGCUUAACGAAUCGUUGGCAUGCGGAAUUACAAGUACAGUGAUCCCUCGUUUAUCGCGGUUAAUGGGGACCGGAACCCCUCGCCAUAAGUGAAAAUCCGCGAAGUAGGAUUGGCCCCCUAGGAAUUUAUGUAUAUGUGUGUGUGGGUACCAGAAAGUUUAAAAUGUAUAUUUAUACUUUAUAUAUAUAUAUUUUACUUAAAUCUAUUUAAUUAUAAAACCUUAAUAUUAUACAUUCACUCUCUCUCUCUCAUACGAUACGUAUUAUGGUGUUCUACACUCACCAAUGACAGUAGUAUCUUGAGACUUGACUCCAGUAAUGACGACGACGACGAUGACAAUGACGACGAUGACAGACCUGUGCAGUUCGAUGAAUGUGAUGAUGAUGAUGGUGUUACUGCACAGGUAUAAUGAGGCCUUUAAAUCAGUUUGAAAAAUCCGCGAUGCACUGAGGCCGCGAAACUUGAACCGCGAAGUGGCGAGGGAUUACUGUACCAAAAACUACGCCACGGAUCCAAACGGACGUAACUACAUCUCUGCGUACGGUGUUUUUCAAUUCUCUAAUGCAUAUUUUGACGAUGUUUGUUGCGCUAAAACAUGCAAUUCAGACUCAACAUAUCUGUCAUUUGAGAUGUUGCGCACAUUGUGCUGUGCUGUCCACACUUUACAAAAAAUUAUGGUUUGUUGGUAAAGGUUGAAAACGCCAAGUGAUCAGCAAUAAACUGCAACUUUUUAAUACUCGAAA